UUUCCCUUAACUUUUAAGGGUAUCAUUAUCCUCUCAGUCUUCCAGGCUCACAAUUUAGGUCUCAUCCUUAACUCCUUAUUUUCUCUAAUCUAUUAUACAAUCUGUUCUUUGAUCUGUGGAUUUUAUUUUUGUAACAUUUUUUGAAUACUCUCCCUUCUCUACUCUGACAUUACCAUCACCCUGGUAGAGACCCUCAUCAGCUUAACUGUGGUCCAUUGCAAUAGCUUGAUGUUUUGUCUUCCUUCCACAAGACUUUCCCCACCUUGGUCCAUCCUCCACUCAGUUUUCAAAAUGAUCUUUCUCAAGAGAAAAGUUGUACCAUUCGCUGAAACUAUAAUGGCUCCCUAUCACCUCCAGGAUCAAACAUAAAAUCCUCUGAUAUCCAACAUCUUUCAUAACUUAGCCCUCUUUCAAUUUUCUCAUACCUUACUCUGGACCAAGUACUGUACAUUACUAUUACAAGACAUUCCAUAUCUAUUAGUUAUAUCCUAUUUAGUCCAUCUUAGUGUUAUUUAUAGUCUCUUUGCUUGUUUCCCUUAUUAGAUGGUGAACUUUUUGAGAGCAGGGACUGUCUUGCUGCUUUUUUGUUUUCCCAGCACAGAAUUUGUCACAUAGUAAGCCACAUAAAAAUGUUAAUUGACUUUUCAUUGUGUGAGAAAUUCUUCCAACAAUAAUCAGCAAGCAUUUAGUGCUUACCUUGUGCUGUCUCCCAUACUGAUGUAGAAGUGAAAAAGCUCUUGCUCUCAAGGAUUUUAAGGAGAAUACAAAGUCAGUCGUUUUGGGUGAGGGAGUGAGAAGUUACUAACUGCUGGGGGGAGAGCUGGAAAGGCCUCUUAUAGGAAGUGGCUCUUGAGCUAAACUGAAAAAAACAGGGUUUCUAAGAGGGAGGCGAGAAGGAAAAUUAUUCUAGUCAUGGGAAAUGGCUUAUGGGAAGGCAAAGGGAAGUCCAAUUUAUUUGGAACCAAAGGGAUUAGGAAUGAAGCCUACUAAGCUUGGAAAGGCCUCACAAAACCUCCCCAAUCCUUAACAACUUUUCCCCUUCAGACUUUAUGUGGCACUUUAUUAUGGUUGGUUGGUUCUUAUCUUUUAUUUUUGAAGAGGACCAAGUGUCAUUACUGUGUUAGAGUCGAGGUAUAUUGUGUGUCCUGCUGUGGUUGAUCAGACCAAUAUAAACUCGGAAAGCUCUUUCAAUAGGUCUGGCACAAAUAGUCCAUAUGCACAGUUGGGAUAGAGAUGUCUCUAAUGUGGGCAUCUCAUUUCUUUUGAGGUACUACAAUUGUGCUUUGCUCAUAAUACAUAGUAACUUUUUUGAUGUGGGAGUGCCAUGCUAGGUGGACCUUUGCUAGGAGGUCGUCUUAUGUUAUACCAUCAAUUCCCAGAGAUCUUGAGAGUGUCCUGGUAAGGCUUUUGACCUUCAUGUGAGGGCUUGCUUUGAGAGUUCUCCUAAAAUAGUCUUUUAUUCAAGUGUACUUUUAGCAUUCAAACAAGGCCAACCCAUCAGAGUUUUGCUUUCAGCAGUGGAGUUUGAGUGCCACAUUUAAUCUUAGCCAAAAGGCCAAGGAGAGAUAGCAAUAGAGUUUGAAUGCUUGGCAAUUUAGCUUGAGAAAGCUUAAAGAUAUUAAAAGAUCAUGAGAUUUAAAUCUGGAAGUGCUUCUAAAGGUUAUUUCCCACCCACCCACCCCCAAAAAUGCAUUUCAGUAGAUUGAAAGCAUGGAGUAUUGUAUAUUUAAGGCACUAGUUUCACAUCUCUUCUCCCAAUGGUUUUUAUUCCCUGUGUUCCUAACAUUAUCUGAUUGUCUUCCUCCAGAGUUUUCUUUUCCUCAAGUUUCUAAACAUCCUUUUGAAGAGAAUCAGGAGAACUAGUGAUUACAGCUAAAUUCUGGCCAUUAAGGUCCAAGGUAGACAUGAUAUUUGAGGAUGUGGCAGUGUACCUUACCCAGGAGGAGUGGAGCUGUAUGGGUCCUGCCCAAAGGGGUCUCUACAGGGAUGUGAUGCUGGAGAAUUAUGGGAAUAUAGUCUCACUAGCAGGAAUUCCAGUAUCCAAACCUGAUGUGAUCUCCUUACUGGAACGAGGGGAAGAACCGUGGGUCUUGGAUAGGCCAAGAGCUAAGGGAAAAGAGAUUUUUAGUGAAAACUGCUCAGUUCAUGUAACUAGCACUGAGAAGUUGCCUCAAAAAUUGGAACCUUCUACAGAAAGGAAAUUGCAUGGAAUGAUGUCCAAGAAAAUUGUGGGAAAUGUCUUCCAAGGAUUUGACUUUGGAGAAGCCUGGGACUAUGAGAAAGAGUUAGAGAAACAUAAGGGAAAUCUUGCCAUUGGGAUACUGAAGAAAUCCUUUUGCCAAGAGGAUUUCAGACCAAAUAAGAUCUGCAAAAAAACUUCCACGUGUCAGAGAAACCAAAAAUGUAAUGAAUUUCAGGGAAGCUUCAGCUUGAGCUCAAACCCUGUUAGACACCAGAACAUUCCGACAGGAGAAAGACUUCAAGAAUUUUCAUGUGACUUAACUUUCAAACGGAAUUUAAACCUGAUGAAAUAUCAGAGAAUCAAUAUGAGUGAGGAAUCAUGUAAAUCUGACAUAUGUGGGAAAGCAUUCAGAGAGAGUUCAACCUUUAUUGAACGCCAGAAAAUUCACAAUGGAGAAAAACCUUAUGAGUGUGAUAAAUGUGGGAAAACUUUCAGUCAGAGUUCUAACCUUAUUGAUCAUCAGAGAAUUCACACAGGAGAAAAACCCUAUGUCUGUAAGGAAUGUGGGAAAGCUUUCAGGCAGAGCUCUAACCUCAUUAAACACCAGAGAAUUCACACAGGAGAAAAACCCUAUAAAUGUAAUGAAUGUGGGAAAGCCUUUAAUCAAAGCUCUAAUCUUAUUAAACACCAGAGGAUUCACACAGUAGAAAAACCCUAUGAAUGUCAUGAAUGUGGGAAAACCUUCAGUCAGAGCUCACAUCUAAUUAGCCAUCAGAGAAUUCAUACUGGAGAGAAACCAUAUGAAUGUAGUGAAUGUGUUAGAGCCUUUAGUACCCGAUCAUCAUUUAUACAACAUUGUACAAUUCACACAGGAGAAAAACCUUAUAAGUGUAAUGAAUGUGGAAAAAGCUUCAACCAGAACUCCAACCUUACUAAGCAUCAGAGAAUUCACACUGGAGAGAAACCUUAUGAAUGUAACAAAUGUGGAAAAACCUUUAACCAGAACUCUAAUCUUACUAAACAUCAAAGAAUUCAUACUGGGGAAAAGCCUUACAAAUGUGAUAAAUGUGGGAGAGCUUUCAGUGCUCGUUCAUCUUUUAUGCAGCAUCAUAAAAUUCACAUUGAUGAAAAACCAUACAGUGAAUGUUGAAAAACUUCAGCUAGUACUUUUUAAAAUCUUAAUAAACAUCAAAUAAUCCAUAAUGGAAAGACACCUUACAAAUGUGAUAAAUGUGAGAAAGCCUUCAGGGUAGGCUUAUUCUUUAUUCAGUUUAGAAAGCAGAGUGAAAAAAAAUUUCCAAGGAAAGUAACAGAUGUAAGAAGGCCUUUAAAUGUAAUGAUUGUGGGGAAAACUUUUAGUCACAAUGGAAAUCUCAUUUGGCAUCAGAAUUGUUAUAUUGGUUACAAACCCUGUAUAUGAAUAUGAUUUUUAAAAAAUUCAUAAUGAAAAGAAAAUCUAUGGAUAUAAUGAAUAGUGCAGAAGACAUCAGGAAGAGCUCUGAUCUUAGUAAAUAAGUGAAAGUUUACUCUAGGGAAAAACUGGCUUCAAGAGAAUCCUUUACUCCAUGAGCUUCAUUUAAAAUCAUAAAGGUCAUACUGGAGAAAAGAACACAUUUCUUGAAUGUAGGGAAAUCUUGAGUAAGAAUUCUAGAGGUUUCAUUUGAGAGAAAUAUGAUAGUGAAGACUUGUUGAUGUAUGGAAGAACCUGUGUUUUGAUCAGAGUGAAAUUCAUCAUCUAUAUAUGACUUAAUAAUUUGUGAGACAGCAUUGAACCUAGGUUUUCCUAACUCCAACCCUAAUACUUCAUCUAUAUACCAUACUGUUUCUAACUUGAAAUGAAGAUAAUGGCACUUAACGUUUGUAAAGUAAUCUCAUUUGAGGCUCAUAAUUUUAUGGUGUAUUUCAAGUUAUUACUGUUCUCAUUUUGCAAAUGAGGAAAUAAAUACUCAGAGAAAUAACUUACCUGUUAUUACAUAACAGUAAAAGAAUUUCAAUCGGUGUUUA